GGUGUUGGCUCCUUCAUGGAGCGACAGUUCAACCUCACAGAUCGUGAGGCCGAGCCAGUCACCAAGAAGCAGAAGAUCGACGAAAUCAAUGGCACCAGCCACAACGCAACCUUCAAGGCUGGUAAGGGCGGUGUGAUCGGUCAGUAUCUCAAGGAGCAGCGUGAUCUGGGCGCUCGCGAAGCAGGACCUUCCGCGGCAAUCGACCUUACGGCAGAGGAGGACGAUGAGAUCCAAGUGGUGUCAGUGAAGUCGACCACUCAAGAUCUCAGACGUGAGAUUUGUCUCGGCUCCAUCACCGCCAAAGUUAUGGCACACAAGGUUCCUGCCGCCAACAGAAACCUGAGCAAACACUCCGACAAAUGGCCACCAGCUAAGAUGACCUUACAGCCUCGCGUCGGCCAAGAAAAGACGUACCUCGCGAUGGAUGGCAAGAAUGUUGAAUUCGGCAAGCUCGAUCUUAUCACCGCUACCGCCAUUGCGCCUUUACUCAAAAACGCCAAUCUCAAAGUCCGUCUCGCUCCUCUUUUGAAGGAACGUGACAAGGAUGCCGGCGAACAACCUGGUCAACCUAUCUCGAAGUCCUUGGAUAUCUCUAUCACUCUUUACAGCGCCGCGGAAGCCGCCACCGGAAUCGGUCGACAUCUCAGCCAACGUCAGAUCUUUCUAUACAAGCCACUGGUUAUCCCACACGGCACCGAAGUCCUCAACCCACACGUUCCUAACUAUAACGUCGUGCCCAGAAACAAGGCUUCUGCGGUUGUGACAGCUCAGUCCACCACCAGCUAUCGGGUCCGUACCACCGAGGAGAUCAAAAGUGAUGUUCUUUCCAUGUUUGACAGACUCGGCAAGACCGAGGAACUUCCGGAGGCCGAGGCUGACACCACACUCGUCAAGACGGAGCUGAUGCAGCAUCAGAAGCAGGCCCUCUGGUUUCUAACCAAGCACGAGACACACACUCCGCCCGAAGAGGAUCCGCUCUGGAAGUUUGUGAUUCGCAAAGACGGUUCCAGAGCCUGGUACAAUGUGAUUACUGGCGACGAACUGAAGAAAGUCAGUCCAAUCAUGGGUGGUCUUCUGGCUGACCAGAUGGGUUUGGGCAAAACACUCUCCGUUCUUUCGUUGAUCUGCUCGACGCUUGAAGAUGCCAGAGCAUUCGGCGCUGGUGACUUGGACGAUAACGACCGAAUCAACGAUGUCGAACGCCGGUCUGGCGGUACUUUGCUUCUCUGUCCCAAGUCAGUCAUUUCGAACUGGCAAGAGCAGAUUGGUCAACAUCUCGACAAGUCCAAAGUCAGCUACUACAUGUACCACGGCAGCAAGAGAGAGCAGGAUCUUGACGCCCUGUCACAGUACGAUAUUGUUGUCACAUCUUACAGCACAGCCGCUAGCGAGUUUACGUCUACCUCCAAAAACUUCAGCGCACUCACGGGCCUCGCAUGGUUUCGUAUUGUUCUAGACGAGGCACAUUCCAUCCGCACCCAGAACACCACUACCUUCAAGGCCGCAUGUGCGUUGGUCAGCAAGCGUCGUUGGGCAGUCACUGGUACGCCAGUUCAGAACAAGCUCGAUGACUUUGGUGCUCUCGUAAAAUUCCUCAAGAUCUAUCCCUUUUCCGACAAGGGUAUCUUCGAGAAGCAUUUCAUGGCACCUUUCAAGGCAGGCGAUCCUCAAGUGCUUGAUAACCUUCGACUUCUCGUAUCCAGUAUCACGCUCAGACGUUCAAAAGACAAGAUCGACUUGCCCGACCGAGUUGAGGAAAUCCUUCGUCUCGACUUCUCAUCUGAAGAGCAAGCUCUGUACGAUGCCUUCGCCAAGGACGCCAACAGAAAGGUUCGCGCUAUGACACGCGGAAACGACCGUCUUAGAGGCAGAAGUUACGCUCAUGUUCUGGUCAACAUCACCAGACUGAGAUUGAUCUGCGCACAUGGAAGAGAACUGCUUAGCGAAGACGAUAUGAAGGCGCUUCAAGGUACCUCGUAUGAGACGGCCAUCGAUCUUGGUGAGGAGGGUGAUGCAGAGAACCCACCCAUGACCAAGGAUCAGGUCUACGACACAUUUCAUCUCUUACGCGAGAGCACCAUGGACGUCUGUUCAUGCUGCUCGAAUGGUAUUGGCCAAAUCGAGCCCGCCGGAGCCGACAGUGACAGCUCGGACAGCGAAGACGAGACGGAAGACAUCAUUGGUUACCUGACUCCAUGUCUCCAUUUGGUGUGCCCAGCUUGCGCAGACAGAUACUGGAACGAGCUCAGAAGCACUCAAACUCAAGAUAAUUACGCCACAUGCCCUCAAUGCGAGCAAUACGUCAAGGCCGUCAUGCACCCCAUCAGCCAAAAAGACGUCGACGAAGAUGCCGAAGCCCGUCAAAAGAAAAAGGGCCAAGUCAAGAGCAAGAAGGGCGUCGAAUACGGCGGCCAGCAUACCAAAGUCAAGGCCUUGGUUCAAGACCUCAAGCGCAACAUUGAGGAUUCUCGCUCGCUCGUCGAGAUCGGCGAACCUCCCAUCCGCAGUGUCGUCUUCUCGUCCUGGACUUCGUACCUUGAUCUCAUCGAAAUUGCUCUCAAAGACAGCAACAUCGGUUUCCUGCGCUUGGACGGCAAACUCUCCGUCAGCGCCCGCACCGCCGUCCUCGACCGAUUCAAGUCAGAUGCUUCCAUCACCGUCUGUCUCGUCUCCAUCAAAGCAGGUGGCCAAGGCUUGAACUUCACCGCCGCCAACCACGUCUUCAUGAUGGAACCACAAUUCAACCCUGGCGUUGAACUGCAAGCCGUAGAUCGCGUGCACAGACUCGGUCAAAAGAGAGAUGUGCAUAUCAGAAGAUACAUCAUGGCAAACAGUUUCGAGGAAAAGAUUGUCGAACUCCAGAAGAAGAAGAUUCAGCUUGCCAAUCUUGCU